CAGAAUGACUUAUCAGAAAGUCUGAUCCAGCUAGUUGGUUGCUUUGUGGGGUUAAACAUUACUUUAGUCACUAUUAUAUGUUUUUGAGACACUCAUAAUAUCAUUUGAGAAGAGAAUGAGCUGGCUUCUAUUGAGUUGUUGUUACUACAUUAUUAUUAAAGAAGUAAACCUAUAAUGUCACGUACUUUGCAUAUGUACAGAAUUAUUAAUAGUUUCGUUGACGAAAUUAUGUACUUCCUUGGCGUGGGGAGCAAGAUCCUCGUUGAUCAGUUUAAUACUCAGAUAAUGUGAUUAUAUAAGAACAGAAUACUUGCAAAGUAAAGAUACUAUCAAAGACUUUUUGUUAAUAGCAUUCACAAAAACGACAAACAGAAAAGAGGCUAUGGAUUAUACAGGCAACAAACUGGAGAGACAUAACUUAGAAGCUGAGAAACGACUCAAGAAGGUGGAACAAGAUUAUCUCCACACAAGCCAAAAGUACAUAGAAUCAGAUGUAAGUUUUCAAGACAUGUAAGCCCUGAAACAUACCACCCAAAACAUUAAAAAUGCUUUAUCUUUUUGUGUGGCCAGUCACAGUUGCAGAGCCUAUACAAUGAGAGAAGGCGUGCCGACAGUCUCUGUUCCUCGGCUGAAGCUUUCACUGACUGGUGCAACAAUCUGGUAAAGAAACUACAUGAGGCUCUUGACAAGAUACCUACAACAGAAGAAACCAUUGAUCAUAGCCUACAAUUCUCGAUGUCCAACAGCGUUGAAAGCUUGGAAGAUGAACAAUGGCAGAAGCUGGACUGUGAAGCAAUACGUGAUUUCAGAGAAGUUAGCCGUGAGCUCUACUACAUUCAAAGAAAAAUGCCAAGGAGUGAGAGCAGAAGAUCUAUACAGGGUCUCCUAAAUGAGGUUAAAGAGAAGAACAAGUGUAAAGACAAAGCUGUUUUAACUUGUACACUGGUUUGUAACCCUACAAGUUGUGACAAUUUGAGAAAAUUUGUGGAGCUGGAAAUAAAAGUUCUAAAGAAGCUGAUCAGAGAGAUUCAAAAAGACUGGGAAGACAAACUGCAGAUUAGGCAAUGCGCAAGGGAUCUAUAUAGCGAUUCCAAACGAAAAGUGAAGCAUCUGUGGAACAAAAAGGACCACCUAUCUGGACAAUGGGACGAAGAAAAGAAACACAUGCUCGGGAAUAAGGAAAAGCAUGAGAGGAGGAUAGGUGCAUAUCCUGAGGCUGAAUAUAUCAAGAUGGUGAAUGAUAUAACUUAACCAUGAUCGGAUGUAAUAUAUAAUUUCAUCUUCAUAGUUUCACUGCUCUGAAUCUGUGAUUGUAGCUAACGUUCUUUAAAAAUACAUAAAAGACUUGGCAAUCAGCAGCUAUAUAGUCAACGUCAAGUGAUUCUAAAACGAUUGUUUUUAGAAUUUAGUUACAAAAGGUGGACCAAGCCAAUAUCUAGAAUAAACUAAACACAUGACUGAUUCAGUGACAGAGAUAUAAUCUAAGAAAACAAAGGAUAAAGACCAAAGUAAACUUCCAAGAAACAACACAACAAUCACUAUCCCUUGUUCUCUAAGCUUUGUUUGACCAACCAACAAAAUCUUAAGUAAUUUUCAUAAUAUAAAACAAUAAAACUCAGGAACUCAAGAACAUCAUAAAAUAGCAAAGAACCAACCCAUCUUUGGCCUCAAUGGCAUCCUCGUCAUCAUCUUCUCCACUAAAAUUCAUAGAGAAAUCUCUUCUUGCAACUGGUCCAUUUGCUCUGUCCUACACCGAUCCAGACCAGAAAUGGGUCAUAAGAAAGCAUCUAACUUCGUUCCUCCAAGACUUCUCAAACUUCGACCUCUCUACUGAUACUUUCAACCACAACAACGGAACCACAGUUCAACUCUUUCGUCUUGAUGGCUCUCUACGUACUCCUCAACAAAGCACAGCUGUACAGUUGACUAUUUGGGUUCACGAGAACUACCCGUUGACUCCUCCUCUUGUCUUUGUGAUCCCUCCUGAUUCGAUGACUCCGGUUCGGACCAACCACCCAUUCGUCAGCUCCUCUGGUUUCACAAACUCUAACUACAUCGAGACUUGGGAAUACCCACCGUGCAAUCUCCUCAACUUCGUUCGAAACCUCAGGAGAGUUCUUGCUAAUGACCACCCGUUUGUUCAGACAGACUCCAUCCCGACCAAGACUCGGUCGGUUUCAAGACCCGAAGCUCUAGACAGGUUAGUCACGAGUCUCCACUACGACGUGUUGGCAAUCAUGUCAAGAUCAGAGGAAGAGAUUGAAAGCCUCUGGAGACUCCAGACAGAAGUGAAGCAAAGAUCAGAGUCCGUUAGAACGAUCAUCAGCGACCUUGAGACAGAGAGGGAGACACUUAAAGAGAAUGUUCUGAAGCUCGAAGAGGACACAGAUGUGUUGGCUAUAUGGGUGGAGAGGAACUAUCCCAAGCUGAUGAAAGCGACGUCCAAGGACGUGGGAGUCGAAGAGAUGUUUGAAAUGGAAGAAGAGAAGAAACUGUUGGUGGAGAGCUUGGCGGCAGAUAAGGCUAUUGAAGAUGUGCUGUGUAAUUUGGAAGAAGCUAGUAGAAGGGGAGAGAUGGAGAUUGGUUCGUAUCUGAAGCAUGUUAGAGUCUUGGCUAGAGAACAGUUCUUCUCGAGGCAUCAUCACCUAUAUAUGUAAAUAUAUACUAAAAUGAGUUUUUUUUUGGAUUUCAUCUUUUAAUCUUCCCUUACAUUCAUAUAUAUUUACCCAGUGUUAUAAAAGAUCGGUUUAUCCUCCGUC